AUGGACACCACAGCCAUUAUCAAGACCUGCUUAUUCCCGUUCCUGACCUGCCGAGUCCUGAUCCCAGUCCAGACAUUCCAAGCCCUGUUCCUUAUCUUCUUAGCCCUGUUCCCGUUUAGUAGCUUCCUAAACCUUUUCCCGUUCCUGAACUGCCAAGCUCUGUUCCUGUUCCUGUUCCUGACCUUCCUGUUCCUGUUCCUGACCUUCCUUGCCCUGUUCCUGUUCCUGACCUUCCUGUUCCUGUUCCUGACCUUCCUAGCCCUGUUCCUAUUCCUGUUCCUGUUCCUGACCUUCCUAGCCCUGUUCCUGUUCCUGUCCCUGUUCCUGUUCCUGACCUUCCUUGCCCUGUUCCUGUUCCUGUUCCUGUUCCUGACCUUCCUUGCCCUGUUCCUGUUCCUGUUCCUGUUCCUGACCUUCCUAGCCCUGUUCCUGUUCCUGACCUUCCUUGCACUGUUCCUGUUCCUGUUCCUGUUCCUGACCUUCCUAGCCCUGUUCCUGUUCCUGACCUUCCUUGCACUGUUCCUGUUCCUGUUCCUGACCUUCCUAGCCCUGUCUCGUGACAUAGAGAUUCUGCUGAAGUAA